AUGGCGGUAAAUGUGAUUAUCAAGCAUCAAGGCACCAAGUACGAUGUCGAGGUGGACCCAACUGCCACCGGCGCGGAAUUCAAGGAAAUAGUCUAUAGCUUGACGGCUGUCGAGCCCGAACGACAGAAGAUCCUGAUCAAGGGCGGUCAGCUGAAAGAUGAUGCAGACAUGGGCAAACUGGGCCUGAAGCCCGGCCAACAGAUCAUGAUGAUGGGCACACCUAGCGCCGGCGGCGCAGAACUCGUGCGACCCAAAGAGAAAAUCAAGUUCAUGGAGGACAUGACCGACGCCGAGAAAGCUCAACAGGAGGGCGCAAUUCCAAGUGGUCUCACAAACCUGGGCAAUACCUGCUACCUCAACUCUACCCUGCAGACACUCCGGGCCAUACCCGAGCUCCAGGAGUCUCUGGUCAAAUACGAGUACAAGAGUCAACCUGGUUCCAGCGCCCUGGGCGUUCUGCCCCAGUUUGACAUCACGACGCAACUAAAGAAUCUUGUCAAAUCAAUGGGCGAGACGCAGGAGGCCUUUGCGCCCUUUGCUUUCAUUCAAGCGCUGCGUCAGGCUUUUCCCCAAUUCGCCGAGAGAUCUCGAACUGGUCAGGGCUAUGCGCAGCAAGAUGCCGAGGAAGCCUGGACCAACAUCCUUUCCCAAGUCAGGAACAGCCUGCAGAUCAAGGGCCCGAAUGACUCUGCCCCUGUUUCGUGGGUUGACCGCUACAUGUCUUUGCAGUUCGAGUCAAAGCUCGAGUGUGAUGAAGCUGAGGCUCGGGAGCGAGGCGAGCAGGCAGUUGAGGCGACCGAUACCUUCCUCAAACUCAACUGUCACAUUGAUGCUGAGACAAACUUCUUGCGCGAUGGAAUCCUGAACGGCUUGAAGGAGAAGAUCGAGAAGAAAUCAGAGAUCCUUGGCAGGGAUGUUUCCUAUACCAGGUCGUCCAAGAUCUCGAGAUUGCCCGUGUACCUGACCGUCCAAUUCGUCCGUUUCUUCUGGAGGAGAGACACACAGAAGAAGGCCAAGAUUCUCCGCAAGGUCACCUUUCCCAAGGAGCUCGACAUUUUGGAGUUCUGCACCGACUCUCUUAAGGAGAAGUUGAUCCCGGUUAGAGACAAACUUCGGGAGGUCCAAAAGGACGAGGAGGACAUUACGCGCGCACGGAAGAGGAGAAGGACUCAGCCUACAUCUGCGGAUGCACCCGAGGAGCCAGUUGAGGUCCAGAAGAAGGAGAAGGAAGCCAAGAAGCCCGCCACCGACUCCGAUGGAGACACGUCGAUGGAGACAUACAAGACAGACGCGGAGUGGGAGGAGGAGAAAGCCUCAGCGCUGCGUGCAGCGAAGAAGGAGCUUCUGGCAUUGGUUAACCAGGACCUAGCCAAGGACGAGGGCGCAAACCAGUCUGGUCUGUACGAACUCCGGGCCCUGAUCACUCACCAGGGCUCGAGCGCCGACAGCGGUCACUACACGGCAUACGUGAAGAAGCCAGGCCCGAAGGACCCCAAGACGGGCAAGGUCGGCGAAGAGGAUGGCAACUGGUACUGGUUCAACGACGACAGGGUUUCGGAGGUGGCUGGAGACAAAAUCGAGACGCUGUCUGGAGGCGGAGAGAGUCACUCUGCUCUGAUUCUGCUGUACAAGGCCGUUCCAUUGCCUACUGUUGAGGAAAGCUCGUAG